AGUUACCUGCAGUGUCAGAGAAAUUGCAGCAUUAAAGAGACUUGGCAACCAUAGACGAAAAUGGAAACAACUACACCAUCGCCAACUAUGGCAUCGAACAUCAGUACUUUGACUCUCUUGAAUACGCUAAUCGAAUUGUACAGACCGGAUAUCGUCGACUCCGAGCAUAGGGUGAAAUCGAUACCUGUGUCCGAAUUACAGUCUCAUUACGAUUAUAUAGUAAUCGGCGGUGGGUCAGCUGGCUCGGUUGUUGCUAAUCGUUUAUCGGAAAAUUCUAACUGGACGGUGCUUCUACUAGAAGCUGGCCAGGAUGAGACAUUACUAAACGACGUACCUAGGUUGUGGCCAAAUCUUGCAGCUAGACCAGACCUAAUUUGGAACUAUAAAACCGAGCCGUCCGACAGAUAUUGUUUAGCCAUGAACAACCAUCAGUGCAGCUUUCCACGUGGCAGGGAUCUUGGGGGAAGCAGCGUGACGAACGUAAUGCUUUACGUUCGUGGAAAUAAGAAUGACUACGACCGCUGGGCAAGUUUAGGUAAUGCAGGUUGGGAUUACGAGAGUGUGUUACCUUACUUUAAAAAGUCGGAGGACACGAGGAUCAAAGAGUACGAGGAUUCACCGUAUCAUGCCACUGGUGGACACCUAACUGUUGAACACUUCAGAUACCAUGCUCCUGUAGCAGAUUAUCUGCUGAGAGCGGGGCCAGAACUGGGGUACAAACUGACGGAUUAUAAUGGUGCCCGACAAACUGGAACCUCCUAUUCGCAAGGUACACUUAGAGACGGACUGCGUUGCAGUACGGCGAAGGCUUUCGUUCGGUCGGCCUCGAAAAGGCCGAAUCUGCACGUCAGCCUGAAUUCGACCGUCGAGAAGAUUCUCAUACGCAAAUAUGGAGACACGAAGAAAGCGCACGCGGUUCAGUUCCGAGUAGGAGAUACCGUACACACUGUAUCGGUGCAUCACGAGAUCGUUUUGUCUGCCGGUGCUGUAGGAUCGCCGCAGUUGUUGACGCUGUCUGGUAUUGGUCCCAGGAAGCACCUAGAAGAAUUGAAUAUCUCCGUGGUACACGAUUCACCGGGCGUGGGUGAAAAUCUUCAGGACCACGUAGCGAUCGGCGGUUUGUUCUACUUAGUAGAUCCACCAAAGAAUUAUACGAGCGAUUUGCCCUUUGCUGCUUUCGAAAGUCCUAUUCCCGAGGCAAUGAUCGACGACUUUGUUUUCCACGAGAAUGGCACCCUGUACACAGCUAUGUCCGAUAAUAUCAUGUUUGUUAAUACUAAGUACGCAAAUGAAUCGGCGAACUGGCCAGACAUAGAACUUAUGACAACAACAUUUCCUGACAAUUCGUACACUGGCCGAAUUGUGGAUGAGGCUGUCAAUCUGAGAGAAGAUUUUCGGAAUGACCUUAUCAGGAAUGUUGAGUACCAACCGGCGUACUCGAUUCUUCCCCUCCUGAUGCGACCAAGAAGCAGAGGAUACGUUAGAUUACGCUCGAAGGAUCAACGCGUGCAUCCCAUCAUCGUUCCCAACUAUUUCAGUGACCCGCACGAUCUCGAUGUCAUUGCGCAAGGUGCACAGAUUAUUCGUCAACUCAGCGAGACCCCAACAAUGAAGAAAUUGAACGCUCGACCGAAUCCAAACCACAUCUCAGCAUGCGCUUCGCACGAAUUCCUGUCGGACGAUUAUUUUAAGUGUUUCGCCCAACAGUACUCGAUGACGAUCUACCACUUGUGCGGGACUUGCAAGAUGGGUCCAUCGAGCGACCCAAUGGCUGUCGUGGACGACAGACUGAGGGUGCGAGGAGUUCAAGGAUUACGGGUUAUCGAUGCAUCGAUUAUGCCGUAUAUCACCAACGGAAACACGAACGCGCCGACUGUCAUGAUAGCUGAGAAAGGUUCGGAUCUGAUCAAAGAAGACCGUGGAAGAAAACAUAGAUGUAGUGCUUGAUUUAUUUUUGAACAAAAUGGAGCCAGAAGAUUGUAUUGCGAUAGGUAUGGGUAACUACUAUUGUUUAAGGGAAGUUAAUGUAAACAUGCACCUUAGCUUUUAAUCGCACCUGAUUAUAUAUUGUUCGUAUAUGUAAACACAAUGUCAUUAGCGUAUAUUGUGUAACAACUACGAGAUUUUAUGAUCAAUGUAUUUGAGUGAUCUCGAGACGUCUGAAUUGGCGUAAUUUUGAUGUAACAGUCACUGAAUUCUUUUGUGUGACAAAAUAUAAUAAACAGUACCACUACGUCUUAAUUCAGUUAAUUAUUAAGUUAAUUAUUAUUAAUAUUAUUUAGUCGUGCUCUCUAAGCACACUAUAGUACUCCUUACAGAAGAUAAUUGAGUUGAAUGGUUUGAAGAGUGGAGGAUGCAAAAGUGUAGACUUAAGGUUUAGGGUAACUGAGAUUCUUCUCUCCUUGAUGUUCUUUACAGAAUGGCGUAUAUGUUUGAAAUUUCUAUUAAAAGAGACCGUGACGUUAUUCGUGACGAUAUUCUUGUAAAAAUGUUGAAUCCUUUGACAUACUAAUAAUUCCAAAUUAAUCACUUCCUCUAUGGUUUUUUUCACAACCGUGCCAGAUAAAACUACUUCGUCGUUAAUAAUGUAGUAGAAAAGGAGAGAAAUGUCAUGCUUAUUUUCCGUCUACGUUUGCUCUAAUGGUUAAAGAUUGACAAUAGACGAGUAGUAUUU